AUGCAACCUAACCCGCUUAACAAGCGCCGGGAAAGCAAGACGCCCACGGUCAAGCGCCGCAUGUCCCGGCACGGGUCGGUUCUGAUUGAAACCGCUCCUCGGGAGCUGCCCUGGGACCUGAUCGAUCGGCUGCUGGUUCCGAUUAUUUGCUGCCACGCUGCAGCGAUUCUCAUUUCCGGUGUGCUGAAUCUGCUGCGAAUUUCCCAAGUGUCCGCGUUCGUCCUGUUCAUCCUGUUUACCAUCCUGACCGUCAGCGGGGCGCUCGUCUACCACAGCCUUAAGAUUUCGCCGCUGGGAAAAGCUGUCCUCAUUACUGGCUGCGAGUCGGCGCUCGCCCGGGCGCUGGCCAAGCGCCUCGACGACCUUGGGUUCACCGUGUUUGCGGCCUUCAAGCAGCUGCAGGAUAACGACGAUGCGACCAUGCUGAAGGCGCUGUCCUCUGGCCGCCUCAAACUGCUCCAGCUGGACGUGACCAGCGAGGUCGAGAUGUUGGAAGCAUCGUUGUUAAUUACCAAACACCUCCCGGAGGGCGAACCCGGCCUGUGGGCGCUCAUACACUGCGACCUGUGGUGUGCGCUUGGCGAGCUGGAGUGGGUUCCGUUUCCGGUCAUGCGGAAGUCCUUCGACAUCAACGUGCUCGGUGCCUCGAGAUUGACCCAAAUCAUGCUUCCCCUGAUCCGCCGUACGAAUGGACGCGUCGUGUUCCUCUCGUCCGCCCUGGCUCACCUGCCGUCGCCGGUCCGUAGUGUCCAGUGUGCGACGCAGGCCGCCAUCGAAGGACUCGCCUCGUGCCUGCGCCAGGAGCUGAAGCCACGCAAGGUGGGUGUGUCGAUUAUUUGCGCGAGCGAGUUUGCCGCCGGAAACGCCUGGCUCGACGAUCAGGAUAUGCGCGAGCAGGCGAAGGCCAUGUGGGCGCUGCUGAGUGACGAGCAGAAGGAAACGUACGGCGAGGACUAUUUCGAGCAGGCGAUCCGUUCGCUUGAACCGUACUGCCGUGGGGAUGGUGACUUCCAUUCGACCAUUCGUGCCAUGACCGAUUCCAUCACGCGCACUUUCCCAAUGUUCCGCUACACUCCGCUCACGCGUUACGAAAAGCUCAAGACCAUCGUGGCCGAGCAUCUGCCAAGUCCACUGUACGAAAUUCUCUACAAAGCUUAGACAGAGGCUCCUUUGAGCGAGGCGGAGCAGAUCCUUUUCAGACAGCUUUUAUUGUAGCGUUGUAUCGGUUGUGUGUUUGUCCCUGCCUUAGACAUAGACAUGAUGUGUAGUGGUUGUUGAGUAUCUAGAGGUUUUCUUUGUAACAGUUAGAGUCAAUUGAUCAAUAAAUGCUUUCAAAUCGAUGUGCCA